UCUGAGGGAAGAGGGGUUGGGCUCAAGCAGCAGUGCAGCUAUUAUUCCGCUGUUCCUCAAAAUGGCUUGCGGUUUGCUAAAUCUAUGCGUGUAUGAGACAAAUAAGCUUGUCAAAAUCAAGAGCGUAAAACUCGGAACCUUAAAAUGGACACUAAACGGAGUUGUGCUGCUGUUUAUUUGUUUCAUGAUGCUGUGGAAUAAAGAAUAUCAAGAGUAUGAUUUUGUUGCGAGUUCUGUAACAACAAAAGUCAAGGGAGUGGCACAUACAAAUAUCCCUGAGAUCGGCGAAGUCGUGUGGGAUGUUGUGGAUUACAGUGGACUUUCUCAGGGAAAGAACUCAUUUUUUGUGGCUACAAAUAUUAUAGUCACCAAGAACCAAAAACAGGGUAAAUGCCCAGAGGUUGCACCUUGGGGUCUGUGUCAAACUGAUAAAGACUGCAAGAAGGGGUUCUCAGACCAGCAAAGCCAUGGGAUUCAGACAGGAUCUUGUGUGAAAUUAGAUAUCCUGAGGAAGACAUGUGAAGUGUCAGCCUGGUGCCCAGUUGAGAACCGAAAGAGUCCACCCAGACCUGCCCUUUUAGCAUCUGCAGAAAACUUCACUGUGCUAGUCAAAAAUAACAUCAGAUUCCCAUCCUUCAAUUACAUAAGAAGAAACAUCUUACCUGAAAUGAAGGACACAGACCUGAAAGGUUGCCUUUACAAUCGCUACACCAAUCCAUAUUGUCCCAUAUUCCGUUUAGGAGACAUUGUGCAUGAAGCUAAGGAGAGAUUCUCUGAUAUGGCAGUGGAGGGUGGUGUAAUUGGGAUUCAGAUCAAUUGGAAUUGUGACCUGAACAGGUUCUUCCACAGCUGUCUGCCAAAAUAUUCAUUUCGCCGUUUGGACGAGAAAGAAAGUAACCGGACCUUGUAUCCAGGGCUAAACAUCAGGUUUGCCAGAUACUCUACUAUAAAUGGUGUGGAACAGAGGACUUUGUUUAAAGUGUACGGCAUUAGGUUUGAUGUCAUGGUGUUUGGAAAGGCUGGAAAGUUCAGCAUCAUUCAGCUGAUUAUCUACAUUGGAUCAACUCUCUCAUAUUAUGCUCUGACCACUGUCUUCAUUGACUGGCUCAUUGGGACAAACUGCUACUCAAGAAAAGCUAACCACAACUACUCAGAAAAGAAGUUUGAGUCGGUACAGGAUCAAAAGUACCUCCUUUGUGUGUCAUUUGUGGAUGAAGAACAGCUAAGAGUGGUGAAAAAGUCACGAAACAUAGGACUACAGGAGACUAAGCCACUCUCCCAGCACCAGUGGAAGGAUAACCUGGUUGGCAUGAGGGCUUUGCUUGGUGUCCUACAGCGUGAGCAGAACAUAAACCCCCUUAUACAUAAUGGUCAGUGCAAUGAAUUCAAAGCAGAUAGAGCGCUCUCUACUGAGCACAGUGGUUUGGUCACAGACACACCUCUGCUGGAGAUACCCAGCUCUAGAUGCCCAGACUGGUGCCAGUGUGGCUGUUGUCACUCCUCAACCAGCAUCCAUGAGCAACUGUGCUGUCGAAAGAGCAAAGGUCGCUGUAUCAUCACUUCCCCCCUCUUCCCUGCUCUGGUACUUACUCGUUCCAUCUUGGAGAUUGCUCUGCUCUAUGUAGCACCCCUUGCAGAACAACACGAGGAUGACCAACUGCGCCAACAGGCCUACGCACAGUAUAUCAAAUGGCGGUUUGGGGACUUCACACCCAUGGAUGCUGUUCCUGUAAUACCCAGUUGCUGUGUAUGGAGAAUUAGGGAACAGUAUCCCAGCCCUGAUGGCAAAUAUAGUGGGUUCAGAUUCUGUUAGGCCCUCUUACUCUAACACCACCAAAGAGGUUCUUUACUUUACACAUUUAAUUCAAUAUUUACUUAAUCCUGGUGGUCAUGCAAAACUGGAAAUCCACUAACUUUAACUGUUUCAUUAAAUGAGCUCUCCCUAGCUUUGCUCUGAUCUGUAGGUAUGGCAGAAGCACAUACAUGCAUAUGUAUAUGUUUACUUGGCUGCAAUUCAAGUUUGAUAAACAAGACAGUAAUAUAAAAAUUGUAAAAUGCCAAUGCAAAAUAAUAAAAAAAGAUG